GGGCGGGCCCCCGGCAGAGCAAGCCGGAGCUGGCGCCCGCUGCCAGGAGCUCGCGGGAGGCCGGGCAGGGCGGCGCCGAGGCCGAGCAUCUCGGGCUGUAGCGCCGCGGCCUCUCUGCUUGCUGCACCACCUGGCCCGGGCCAGGCGUCCGGUGAGAGAGAAGAUGUUUUCCCGGUUAAGAGCCGUUGUCGCUCCUUGUGCUUUGACGUGUCGUCACAUGCACCUGAAGGAGAAAGGCAAGCCGCUCAUGUUGAACCCAAGAACAAACAAGGGGAUGGCGUUUACGUUACAAGAACGACAGAUGCUCGGUCUUCAAGGACUUUUACCUCCUAAAAUAGAGACACAAGAUAUUCAAGCCUUACGAUUCCAUAGAAACUUGAAAAAAAUGACUAGCCCUUUGGAAAAGUACAUCUAUAUAAUGGGCAUACAAGAAAGAAAUGAGAAACUGUUUUAUAGAAUACUGCAAGAUGAUAUUGAAAGUCUGAUGCCAAUUGUGUAUACACCAACAGUUGGUCUUGCCUGCUCUCAGUAUGGACACAUCUUUAGGAGACCUAAGGGAUUGUUUAUUUCAAUCUCAGACAGAGGUCAUGUUAGAUCAAUUGUGGAUAACUGGCCAGAAAAUCAUGUUAAGGCUGUUGUAGUGACCGAUGGAGAGAGAAUUCUGGGUCUUGGAGAUUUGGGUGUCUAUGGAAUGGGGAUUCCGGUGGGAAAGCUUUGUCUGUACACAGCGUGUGCAGGGAUACAGCCGGAGAAGUGUCUGCCCGUGUGCAUCGACGUGGGAACUGAUAACCAAGCACUAUUAAAAGAUCCGUUCUAUAUGGGCCUGUAUCAGAAGCGAGAUCGCUCCCAACUUUACGAUGAUCUAAUUGAUGAGUUUAUGAAGGCAAUUACUGACAGAUACGGCCGCAACACACUCAUUCAGUUUGAAGACUUCGGAAAUCAUAACGCAUUCAGGUUCUUAAGAAAAUACCGAGAAAAAUACUGUACCUUCAAUGAUGACAUUCAAGGGACAGCUGCCGUUGCUUUGUCAGGUCUUCUUGCGGCACAGAAAGUUAUUAAUAAACCAGUCUCAGAACACAAAAUCUUAUUUCUUGGAGCAGGAGAAGCUGCACUUGGAAUUGCAAAUCUUAUAGUUAUGUCGAUGGUGGAGUGCGGCCUCUCAGAAGAGGAGGCGCAGAGGAAGGUCUGGAUGUUUGACAAGCAUGGCUUGCUGGUUAAGGGUCGGACUGCUAGCAUAGAUAAUAACCAGGAACCAUUUGCUCACUGGGCCCCAGAGAACAUACCUGGAACUUUUGAAGAUGCAGUAAACAAACUUAAGCCUUCAGUUAUAAUUGGAGUGGCAGGUGCUGGCCGGCUUUUUACUCCUGGUGUAAUCAAAGCCAUGGCCUGCAUCAAUGAAAGGCCUAUAAUAUUUGCGUUAAGUAACCCUACAGCGCAGGCUGAGUGCACAGCAGAAGAAGCAUAUACACUUACAGAGGGCAGGUGUUUGUUUGCCAGUGGCAGCCCAUUUGAGCCAGUGAAACUCCCAGACGGACAAGUCUUCACCCCAGGCCAAGGAAACAAUGCCUAUAUUUUUCCAGGUGUGGCUUUAGCUGUUAUUCUCUGUCAAACUCGACACAUCAGUGACAGUGUUUUCUUAGAAGCUGCAAAGGCUCUGACAAGUCAGUUGACAGAUGAGGAAUUAGCCCAAGGGAGACUUUACCCAUCACUUGCUAAUAUUCAGGAAGUUUCUGUUAACAUAGCUAUUAAAGUUACAGAAUACUUAUAUGCUAAUAAAAUGGCUUUCCGAUACCCAGAACCUGAGGACAAGGCCAAAUACGUGAAAGAAAGAAUAUGGAGGAGUGAUUAUGUCUCCCUGCUGCCGGAUGUGUAUGAUUGGCCAGAGUCUUCACUGAAGCCUCCUCAGAUGACAGAAUAGAAGUUUUCCCGUUAAGACAGUCCAGGCUUCAGGGAACCACUAUUUUUAGAAAAAAAUAAUAUCUCAGAGUUCCAGUGUCGUCUGUGUUUUAUUCCUCUGCACCCCUUUGCUUGGCCUUUUUUCCUGUAAAUCUCACUUUUGUUGGUGACAGAUAUGUUGAGUAUCUGUGGAUGCCCACCAAUGCCCACAGUCCAGUUCUGGGAAUGUUCUGAUGGGUUGUCACUUACGCUCUUGUUUGAGUUCGCCGUGGUAUUUUUGCUAUUUUAUGAAUGUAUCUUUCAUGUCUUCCACUCAGUUCCUCUAGGGGUGUGAAUGUGAGUACAAAAUGUUGAGAAGAAGCCAGAUUUUAACCUAACUCCAAAGAAAAAUUGUCAGUACUUAAAGCUGUCCUUUUAUACAUGCUUCAUCUUACUUUACAUGCUCUGAAAUCCCUCUGUAGUAAACAGAUUUGGGGAAAUAUGAAAAAAAAAUCCCAAUUUCCUGGAACUAAAUCAUGGCUAACUAUAACAUUAUAGAAGAGUGGGAGGAGCUACUGAUGCCUUUAGACAAACAUAACAGUCAUUUGCAACAGUGUACAAACACCACUUUUAUUUAAUAAAGGUAAUAUCUUAUUUUUA